UUUUUGACAGUCGUACGUAUUUUGCAGAGCAGUAAAAAGCAGGCUAGGUGGUGGAGUGAUACAAUCUUUUCAAUCAUAAUAGUUGAGUAAUUAAAUACGAAUAAAAGGAGUGUAAUUUGGUGACGGACGAUUUGAUUAGGUGGAAACCUCUGGUAAUCCGUUAUUCUCGGUACAUUUUACGAAGUCCAGAAAACAAGCAGCAUGAGUAAGCACAUGUAUUCGACGGCCAAUUUGACCGACAUAGAACUGAAGGACCAGGGCAAUCGGAUGUUCUCUGCCAGAAAGUACGACGAUGCCAUCAACCUCUAUACGAAAGCAAUUAUAAAAAAUCCGACCAAUGCCACAUAUUUUACAAACAGGGCCCUCUGUCAUAUCAAAAUGAAACGAUGGGAAUCCUCCUGUCCGGACUGUCGACGAGCUCUGGAUAUGGAUCCCAACCUGGUAAAGGGUCAUUUUUUCCUCGGUCUCAGUCUAAUGGAGCUAGAAUCGUACGAUGAAGCAAUCAAACACCUAAUGCGAGCACAUGACUUAGCCAAGGAACAGAAGCUUAACUUCGGGGACGAUAUUGCAUCACAGCUGCGGCUCGCGCGAAAAAAGCGUUGGAACAUUCAGGAAGAGAAACGAAUCUGCCAGGAGAUUGAACUGCAGAGCUACCUGAACAGACUCAUUAAUGAGGAUAUGGAAAACAGAAUAGCUAAACUGAAAUUAGAUGAUACACUCAACGAGGAUACAGCGAGAGAAAAAACUAUGGAAUUUGAACGAGAAAGUGAGAACCACAUAACUGAAUUGAACAACAUUUUUGCAAAGGUGGACGAAAGGCGAAGGAAACGAGAAGUACCUGAUUAUUUGUGCGGUAAGAUCAGUUUCGAACUACUGGUAGAUCCCGUCAUCACGCCAUCCGGUAUGACCUAUGAACGCAAGGAUAUCGAAGAACAUUUGCAACGUGUUGGACAUUUUGAUCCUGUAACUAGAGUGAAGCUGACACAAGACCAACUGAUUUCGAAUUAUUCCAUGAAGGAGGUCGUUGAUGCCUUCCUAACCGAGAACGAAUGGGCUUUGGACUACUAAGUGGCAGUCGUUCACAGCGGCAUCAUAAGUGCUCCGUUUGGAAAUGUUAAGCUUUACGCGUUCUUGGAAUGUAGUGUCCAUUGCAAUGAAUAUUAAUAAACUAAUGAUAAAACUUCUCUUUCACUGUGAGAAAUUUACCUAUUAAAUGCUAUAAACUGCAUGUUUAGUUCCUUUUUUGACUAAAACUGUUAUCAAAAUCGUUGAAAUGUUUUUAGACAUUAUUUCCAAAUAAGUUGUAAUCGUGUGAGAAAAAAAGUUUGUAAAAGCCAAACCACCUCGUCCAAAUAAAUAAGGAUUUUGUAUGUCCCUA